CAGCAAACAAUAAUUUGUAAUACGUUUGCUUUACUGGAAAAUUUAACGAGCACGUGCUGUACCCUUUAGUUUUACAAAUGUCUUUAAAGAAGGAGACCCCAUCUGAUCAGCAGCUUCACCUGGCAGCUCUGCAGGGCAACCUUGAUCAGUUGAAGAAAGUCCUGGACUCUGGCAAGGUCCAUGUGGACUGCAAAGACAAGGAAGGGACAACGCCUCUCAUUCUGGCUGCAGCCAACAACCACAUUGAGUGUGUCAAGGAACUGCUGAAGAAUGGAGCUGACGGUGGUGCAAGAAGGCUGACGGGUACAUGUGCGUUAUUCUUCGCAGCUCAAGGGGGCUUCCUGGACAUUGUGCGACUGUUGAUUGACCAUUCUGUGCCUGUUGACAUACCUAGCUAUGAUGGAGGUACACCCGUGUUCGUGGCCUGUCAGUGCAAUCACCUUGAUGUGGUGAAGGAGCUCUUAGACAGGGGUGCAGACAUCAACACACAGAUGGUGGACGGGGCUACACCCCUGUUCAUCACCGCACAGAACGGCCACUACCAGCUGCUGUCCUACCUCGUGAAACAGGGAGCAGAGAUCGAUGCCAAGCGCAAGGACAAUGCCACUCCACUAUGGAUAGCCGCCCAGAUGGGUCAUCUGAAUAUAGUCAGAGAGCUGCUGGCCAGUGGGGCUAAUGUGGACAUCGUCAGAGAAGACGGCGCAACCCCACUGUUUAAAGCAUGUCACAAGGGGCAUCUAGAAGUGGCGGAGGAAUUGCUGAAAAAGGGUGCUACUUUGGGACUUUUGAAGAACGGUGAAACAGCAUUGCAUGCAGCAGCGCUGUUUGGUCACAUGAAGUUGACACGCCUACUCAUGUCCUAUGGUGCAGACAAGACAAUCAAAAACAAGGAGGGUCAGACACCAUCAGAGCUGGCGAGAGAUGCUGGGUAUGACUACAUUGCAAAGUACAUCGAGAGUUACACACCCCAGAUGAAUGGCAAGGCGGAGGGACACUCAUGAUGGCAAUGUCCGUCUGCAUAAUGUGAUACUUUUAUCUUCCCAUCAUCUGUGUUCACAGAUAUAUACGAUACAUGUUGCUUUCAUGUUAUGGUGUCCAGAGUUUUCUUUUGCGUCCAUGCUUUUGUUUACAAAUCAAAAAAUCUUGCUAGGAUGUUACAUUGACCCAAAGGUUGUUUUUUUAAUUUAAAUUGUGAAUUGUUUAACUUUGUAUUAGUUAAAGCAACAAUCUGAAGCUUUAUUUUUUUUUCAUUUUUGAAACAAAAUAUAUUAGUAAUAUUUUAUAAUUCUUUCUUACACAUGUUUUUUCCUGGUAAAAGCAUGUGAGUUCAUAUAUUUAUUUGAUGAGAUUAAGUGGGAAGAACAUUAAUUCAUUUACUUCUCAAAUAAUAUAUGUAAUGCAUAUUGUUUUCUAGAAAACAAUGUUUUGCUUACAUUGGUAUUACUGUAAAUUAAAAAAAAAUGUAAGGAAAAGGAUGUAUAAUUCAAGAAACCUAGGUUUUCCUCUUUUUAUUUUAUAUGACUUGUUCAUGUGCAUUAUUUGGGUAUAUUUUUUCAUUAUUGCUAUUUAAUAUAAGUAUUUUGUUUCACAAGGAAAAUUCUAGAUUUGAACCGAAAUAAAUCAUCUUCAUAAUAUUAAUCAUAAUGCUUUAACUAUUAUGGGCUUAAAAUUAUAGCAGUCAGAUUUAAUAAUUACUGUCUGAGAUGAGACUUUUCACUUGCACUUCAUGAAUUAUAUUUACGUGAUUUUCUUCAUGCCUUUGUCUAUUUAAGUUUAGGAUGAUAAUAUUGAGAACCUGACUUGUAUGAAAAAUGCCAAAGUCAUGAAAAGUCAUGAAAAUGGUACAGAUGCAUUUUUUGCCAAAUGAUAUCAUUUCUUGCUUGUGCAUAAUUUUCUAUUUUUGUUGUUGUCAUAUGUUAAAGGGUGCCAUGAAUAAGAAAAAUAAUUUGUUAUAUUUUUUUUAACAACUUUAAUUAGUUUUACAGCACAUUUAUGCAAGUAUUUGUACAUGUUAACGGAAAAAUCAACAAUGCAGUAUGAUUUUGUCUUGCUGGUUGCUUGGUUGAAAGGAACUUUUAUGUUUGAUGCCAGUUACAUGCAGAACUGUUUGGAUUUAUUCUUUUAGUUGAUGAUUUUUCUACGCAAAUAUGUGUUUGAUUCAAAUAAGUUGUAAUAGUACAGAACAUGUUUAUGUCAAUAUGAGUAUGUAUUUUUUUAGAAGUGAACGUUUGUGUUUAAAGAGCGAAUGUUAUGUUGUUAUAUGUCCUAUGUAACUUAUUACAGAGAAAAAACAAGUUAGAAUUGUUAUCAUUAUUGAGCAAUGGUUAAUUGUAUUUUUAGUGAUUUGCUGUCAUUUGUUUGCGUGUUUCAAAUACCAUUAGAUGAAAAUAAAUCUUUUGUAGCAUUAUUGUAUGGGGAAUAGACAUUAGAACUUUUUACACAGUUAUUUGCAUGAAGUUUUGGAAUUGUUUGCAUCACUUGCCACACGUGGUCAUGUGCAAUACAAUGGGGAUUCACAGAGAAACCUGCAUAACUCAGGUGUAGAUACUUACCUUGGUAGGUUUGUAUGAAAGUAUAGUACGGUGUGCCAUUUUUGCAUGGCAAAAUAUGAUCAUGUUUUUUAGGGUCAGAAGAUUUAUAAAACAUAGCCUAUAUCAUGAAUUUUAAAAUGUUAAUAAGUCUUUUGCAUUCACAGAAUUAAAGGCAUGUGGAGAAUGCAGUUUUAAUUUUGUCUAUGUUGAAGAGGUACAUAUAUUCAAAAUCUUAAUGCAUUUGCAGUUAUAAAGCAAUACUUUACAAAGAUUGUUGUAAGUUGUAAGGGUUAUUUUGCUUGAAUACAAAUAUUGUAUACUUUGUGGGAGAGGGGGUGUUAAAGCCAGUUCGCCUUUUUAAGGAAGUGGUCCCAUAUGUUACCUAUAGUUGUGCAGGGUUUAACUAAGGGGUUAAUAGUCUUGUUUUUUAAGUUAUUUAAACCCCAAAGUUGCAUUUAAUUAUAUUUAAUAGCAGCUGAAUAACUUGUUGUAAUUAAUCUGUUUUUAAGUUGAAAUAUUCAUGGACUUAUAUAUCCAUGUUUGCAUGUUAGGUGUUGCUACUCCGUUUUAUAUGUGAUUUAGGAUUUUGUUUUCGUCCUAAAUCAUGUUGUUACUUUAGAGAGUUGUAUUGACCUUCAGUUACUUAGCUGUUUUCGUCGUAUUGUUGUAUAAUUAAAGUGUUUUAAAUUUCAUUUAAGGCAUGCAUUUAAUAGUGUUAAUGGGGGUUGUUUUGUUUGCAUUUUUGUUGUCCCAUACAUAAUGGGAUGCAUUAAACAUUGCACUUGUCUAUACGUAUGUAUGUGGAGGUACAUCAGUCGUGUUCUGAGAAAACUGGGCAUAAUGCAUGUGCGUAAAGUGUCAUCCCAGAUUAGCCUGUGCAGACCGCACAGGCUAAUCAGGGACGACACUUUCCGCCUAAACUUGAUUUUCGAUAAGAAGGGGCUUCCUUAAAACUAAAAAUACCAUUAAAGCAGAAAGUG